AUGGGCAUUCAGUUUGGAUCCUUCGACUCGAUAUGCGAGACCGCAGCGCUGGUGGUCUGCCCGCUCGUUGGCUCAGAUCAAGGCAUAGAGCCCAACUGUUAUAGCAGGAAUGUGGUUAUUGCGGGAACGUUGAUUUUUCAGCCCGCGACGUCUGUUAUCCACAUCGUCGCCAUCAUUAUGGCUGCGAUUAUGAUUUUUCACGUACGAAGUAAAUAUACCGCCAUCGGACGAAAGGAAAUUUUGAUGUUGUUCUAUCUUUACGCGAUUAUUGAGUUGCUGGCGCUUUUUCUUGAUUCGGGUGUGAUCCCAAUUGGCAAUGUCAGCUAUCCAUAUUUUGCAGCAGUCUAUAACGGCUUAAUUGCGGCGGCUUACGUCUGUCUUCUCAUCAAUGGCUUCGUGGGCUUCCAAUUCGCCGAAGAUGGCACACCCAUAUCCUUGUGGCUCCUUCGUCUGGCGAUUCUUGCUGUAUUCGGCGUCACAUUUUUCGUCGCGAUCGCGACGUUCAAGAAUUUUGCGCACUUCAGCUUUACGAAACCGACUGGCCUAUGGGUCAUCUACUUUAUUUGGCCCGUCGUCUGUGUCGUAAUCUACAUCAUCUCUCAGCUGAUUCUCAUCAUCCGAACAUUGGAGGACCGCUGGCCCAUCGGCGACAUCUUCUUCGGGACAGCCGCUUACACGAUCGCUCAGGUGUUGUUGUUCGCAUUCAGCGGCACUAUUUGCAACGCCGUCAAGCACUACAUCGACGGCCUGUUCUUCUUCACCCUCUGCAUGCUCUUCAGCGUGAUGAUGGUCUAUAAAUACUGGGAUAGUAUUACGCGAGAAGACUUGGAGUUCUCGGUCGGGUCAAAGGCGACAGUUUGGGAAAUCAAAGAUCCAUUGCUCGUGGGUGGUUCUCCUGGAGUGGAGUACGAAGACGACGUAGUCAGCAGCUAUCACGGUGGCGCUCCUGCAAGCCUUGUGGGCGGUGUUAGCGGCCAACAGCUGUACAGCAACGUGGGAUCGCGAGGAUAUCCUCCACCUAUGGAGAGGUAUUCAGCCUAUUAG